AGAAAGCGAAAACCAGAAAGAUUCUGUGGGGAAGCUCUCUUUUUUGUUUUCUUUAUCUUCUUCUUCUUCUUCUUCUUCUCCUCUCUGCUUAUUCGCUUUCUUCAAUUAAUGAGACCUCACCCAUCUCCCUCUACCACUACUACAACUACAACAACUACUCAAUCGCUAACUCUCUCCUUUCUCUUUCCAUUGUCAGUCAUUGUCUGAUCCUCCAAAGGUUCAUGAUCCCCCAAAGCUCACGGUCCAUGCAUCAUCAUUGACCAAGAUUCGAAGAAAAGGUUUUGCCCACAAAGAGUAUUUUAUACAGAAAAAAGAAACUUGUGUGAAAGCUCUUUGAUUUGACCAAAUAAGUUGCUAAAGCCUUACAUUGGGGGAUCUGGUUUUGGUACAACAACAGAAGUCUUUUGUCUUCUUUUUCUCUAUCUCUCUGCGAUCAGAUCCAUAGUGUAUGCUUGCAUUGACCAAUGGGAGGUUGUAUCUCUAAGAAUUCGUGGAGCAAUGAAGAGCCUAUGCAUCGCCCGUGUCUCGGGAUGGGAUGUUGUGGGAGCAAAAUGGGGAAGAGAGGUUUUUCAGACCGCAUCGUUUCGCUUCAUAACUUAGUUUCUAUACCGAAUCGGAUCAUCGGUAACGGAAAGAGCAGGAGUUCUUGCAUUUUCACUCAACAGGGACGCAAGGGUAUUAAUCAGGACGCAAUGAUUGUGUGGGAAGAUUUUAUGUCGAAAGAUGUUACCUUUUGCGGUGUGUUUGAUGGACAUGGUCCCCAUGGUCAUCUUGUUGCUCGUAAAGUGAGGGAUUCAUUGCCUGUAAAGUUGCUGUCUCUCCUGAAUUCCAUUAAGUCGAAGCAAAAUGGAUCCACAGGAACUCGUACAAGCAAAUCCGAUAGCCUUGAAGCUGAGAAGGAAGAAUCUACUGAGGAGCAUAAAUUAAAUUUCUUAUGGGAGGAAGCUUUCUUGAAAUCAUUCAAUGCUAUGGAUAAGGAACUGCGAUCCCAUCCUAAUCUAGAAUGCUUCUGCAGUGGCUGCACGGCUGUUACAAUCAUUAAGCAGGGGUCAAAUCUAUUCAUGGGAAACAUUGGGGAUUCUCGGGCGAUACUUGGAUCCAAAGACAGCAACGAUUCGAUGGUUGCAGUUCAGCUAACAGUUGACUUAAAGCCUGACUUACCAAGGGAAGCUGAGAGGAUCAAACAGUGUAAAGGUAGGGUCUUUGCACUGCAAGACGAACCAGAGGUGUCACGAGUUUGGCUACCAUUUGAUAAUGCUCCUGGAUUAGCUAUGGCUAGAGCUUUCGGUGAUUUCUGUCUGAAAGACUACGGUGUGAUUUCGAUACCAGAGUUCUCUCACCGUGUUCUUACAGAUAGAGAUCAGUUCAUUGUCUUGGCCUCAGAUGGAGUCUGGGAUGUGCUAAGCAACGAAGAAGUGGUUGAAGUUGUAGCAUCAGCUACAAGCCGGGCAUCAGCAGCUAGACUCGUGGUGGAUUCAGCUGUACGCGAAUGGAAACUUAAGUACCCGACUUCGAAGAUGGAUGAUUGUGCAGUUGUGUGUUUGUUUCUAGACGGCAGAAUGGACUCAGAGUCAUCGGAUAACGAAGAACAAUGCUUCUCUUCGGCAACAAACGCAGUAGAAUCAGACGAAAGCCAGGGAGCAGAACCGUGUCUUCAGAGAAACGUCACAGUCAGAUCAUUAUCAACGGAUCAAGAAAACAACAGUUACGGUAAUGUGAUUGCAGAGACUGAUAAUGCAGAGAAGGAGAAAACGACGGUAGGAGAACAGAACUGGUCAGGACUAGAAGGUGUUACUCGAGUGAACUCUCUUGUUCAACUUCCCAGAUUCCCUGGAGAGAAACCUUGAGACAUGGCUUUUGAUUGUUUUCAGAACUGAUUUUGGUCAGGAAAAAAAAUGUCUUCUGCUCAACAUAAUCUUCUUUAUUGCUUCAAGUGAAAUGCCUGAAGCUCCGAAUAUGGAAUCCUAAAAGUAUAUGUAAAUGUCUUAGGUCUUUUGUCUCU